AUGCCAGUUCCACAUUACGGGCUUUUAAACCUCUCAUACAUUGAAAAGACAUUCAAGAUUCGAACGAUGACAGACGUACCGCAAUUCAGCUAUGAAACUCCAGACUGGGUGGCCAGUUGCAAAACAUGCAAACCUGUUUGGCAGCGACUGACGACUGGCGAUAAGUUCGAGCACCCAAUCAGCCUCGGAAGUUACGAAGAUCCACUGCCCGCACAAUGUUCUCACGUUAAACCAAUGGUAAAAGCACUCUACGAAUACAGUAGAGACGAAGAAGAAAAGGACAUGACCAGAGACGUCCAGAUCGAUUGCUUCACGGGAGGCUACAGUAUUGAUCUUGUUGAGACCGUGGGUAAUGGCCAGUAUCGCUGGAAUCUUGCUCUAGUUGACCAAGACUCUGUCCCUGACCAUCCUGGUACUGCUCGUAUACUGGACCCCAAAUGGGCGGAUCUGAGUGUUUUGAACACAUGGAAAGACACUUGCAUAUCGUCGCAUGGCACUUCGUGUCAAAAUCCCUUCAAGAUAUGGCAUACACGGCCUGCGUGGCUAGUUGAUGUUGAAAGAAAAUGCCUCGUUCCGGGCAAUGUUGAAGGGAACUAUAUUGCGCUAAGUUAUGCCUACGGCGAUCAUAGUGGCCGUCUGAUCGAUUCCAACGUCCUCCAAGCACUUCAAGUGCAAAAUGCUCUAGAAAGUCCGAGUCUUUCAGAGCAUAUGUCUCCGAUCAUACGAAACGCCAUGUUCCUGACUGCUGCCGUUGGGGAGAGAUAUCUCUGGGUAGAUGCACUAUGCAUCACACACGAGGAUCGAGAAUCAACUACUCAGCAAUUGAAUUUAAUGGGUGCCAUCUACGCCAACGCCAUCGUCACAAUUAUGUCAGUCGACGGUGAUUCACUCACCGGCCUGGCAGGUAUAAAGGGCAUCUCAGCUGCGCGACAACUCGAACAGGACAUCAUUCCCUUCGGGGAUCAGAAGCUCAUCAGAAUAGACUAUUUCAAUCUGCAAUCGGAACAUUGGCUACCUUACUACGAAAGAGGCUGGGUAUACCAAGAAAUAAGGUUAUCUAAUCGAAAGAUCGUCUUUCAAGAGGAGCAGAUACACUGGAUGUGCCAUUGUGCCGUGUGGCAUGAAGAAUCGGCGCAGAAAGUCCGAACAUGGACGGACCCUUACAAUAAGACAAUGGACUUAUCCAUGAGGGUUCUCCUUGCUGGCUUCUUUGACUGGAGUGUAUUCAAUCUGGUUGUAACAUGGUACAAUAUCAUGACAUUUCGAUAUGACGAGGAUGUUUUCCCUGCAAUUUCAGGAUUCUUUUCUGUCCUCAGUCGACGCUUUAAAGGAGGCUUUUUGUAUGGGAUACCGGAAAUGAUGUUUGAGCGUGGACUUGGUUGGACACCGACUUUUGAUUCAACCGACCUUCAACGGCGUGUACGCUCAUCAAGACCGGAGGACAUUCAGCUUAAACCUUCUGGCCUUCCCUCGUGGUCAUGGAUCGGAUGGAGUGGCUCUGUGAACCCGGGUUAUACUGAAGCGACACUGGUGGCAAGACGCCAUGACAAACUAGAAGAAACAACACCCAUCACCAAAUGGUACACCAGCCGUUCCCCAACAGAUCCGCCUGAGCUGUGGCGAAGGAUUAGGUCUACAUGGUAUGAUGAUCGGAAUAGCUACAAGGAUUUCACAAAGCCGCUACCAUCGGGGUGGACACGCCACAAAGCUCCGGACAAGUCAAAAUGGGUCGGCGGACCUCAUAUCUUCCCAGACGGAUGCGACCAAUAUGUUUUCACACACGAAUCCAUGCCAGACGAUGAGCCAGAAGAGGAAGAAGCACAGGCAUGGUAUUACCCUUUCCCUGUCACCGACGUGAAUGAAUCGACAUCACCCGAUAUGCCUGAGCAGACAGAGUAUCUGUUUUGCAAGACGUGGAAGGCUCAACUAUGGGGGACUCAAGAUAUAAAAGAGAAGGGAAAUAUCAACAUUGCCUUGCUCUACAAUAGCCAAAAAGAACAAGUCGGGUUCCUCCAUCUAGUCAACAAGACCUAUCUGGCUCGUUUCCCCGAGGCACUGACUGACGAAGGGGGAGGGCUUCCGGUGGACUUGGUAGCUGUGUGUAAAGUAAGGGAAUACAGCAGGACUCAGGAUGAAGUCACUGAGAUCUGGGACAAGGCAUUAACCAUAAAAGAUACGUAUCUGGUCUUAUGGGUCGAGUGGAUAAAUGGGAUCGCCUAUCGUCUUGCUAGUGGGAACGUACAAGUCGACAAGUGGGAUGAGUUAGAUUUGGAGUCUAUCUCCUUGAUUCUUGGAUAG